AUGCUAUAAAAUAUAGAAAGGUAGCUUAAGAAUGAAAUUGAUUCUGUGCAUCAGGAUAAAAACAAGAAUAUCUUAUUUUAAUCUGGGAAGAUUUUAAAUAGUCUACAAAUUAAUAAUUCGGAAUUAUGGCCAAUCAUAAUAAGUUAAUCUGAGAACUAGUACAUCAUGAUAUUUUUAUCACCGAUAGAGGAUGAUGUUUUCAAGAUUAAUAUAGAUGAGAGCUAAGAAUUUGAUAAGCAAACUGCUAGUUUGUUAUUUGAAGAGAAAGGUCUACUUUAAAUAAAAGUACUUGAAUUUAUUGAAAAACUUCAUGCCAUAAUAAGGGAUAACAAAGCUAAUAUAUAAAAUAUGCAAUCAAGAUUUUGGGAAUGGUUCUAGCUACUAAUUGAUAUGAUGCUACCAUUUGGGGACUUGAAAUCAUAUGAUUUUUAGUUGAGUUAUGAAAUGAUGAAAAGUAUGCUAAGUAGCAACAUGCUAGCGAAUGAAUCUAAACUAUUGAAAAGACAAGUACCGUAACAAUCUACAACAAUAUUAAAUAAAAGUCAGUAGUUAGAAUGGAAUCCUGAUUUUCUGUAUACCUAGCAGAAUCAUAAUAACUAACAGAACCUUGAAACUUAAAAAGAAUAGCUAUAUAUACACAUAAUUGAAGAAAUGAGUAUGAUCAAUGACUCAUCAUCUUUAAAAAUUGAUGAAUAACCACUCUGCAAAGUUAAUGGAUAAAUCCAGUCUUUUGCUAAAUUACAUCAAUCAUGCGAAAUGACUAUAACCUUUUCAGGUCGAAAUAUAUUAAAGCAAGUUUCUAUAGAUAGAGGAGCAACCUUGAAAAAAUUGAAUGACUAAUAAAGUAUUGAUCAGCAAAAGUUGAAUUAAUUGACAUAUUUCGCGACAAAUAAUCAUGAGACUAAUAUUUUGAGCUAUAAUAUCGAUAUCAACUAAAGAGAUGGGUACUUACCUUUCAUCUGCAAAUUCCAAUUUAAAAGAGUCUCUUAGUAUGAAUUCUAAAUUUGGAUAAGACUUGAAAUUCAUUCUAUGACGAAGUCAAAUCUACUAAGAGUCCUAGUUCCUUUAUUUGAGAUUCGAAAAAUUUCAAGCAUAAAAAUAAACUCAUAAACUAUUGGGGAGUUAUCCUAAUUUGCACAUCCUGAUGAAAAGUUUCAAUGCCUAAUUGUUCAGUUUUUACAAAUUAAAUUGAAAAUGCUGAACAAAUCUUUGCUAAUCAUUAUGAUCCUUAAUAUGAAGACAUCCUAUUAAGAUCGCAUUAAGAGCUUUGGUAGUAAAGUGAGUUGGAGCUUAAUAUUGAAUCCUAAGAGAACUAGUAAUAUCUAAAUAAAGAGACACCAUUUAUUGAGAAGGGAUAUCAGGAUUUAAAAGGAAGAAUGA